UCGAUAUGCGAGCUGCAAUGACACGUCGAUCGCUUAGUGCAUCGGAAGCCAUUGAUGAAGUUGAUAGCCCAGUCGAUGGCCUAGAAGAUGGAUCAUUGUCAAUUCCAUCACAAACAACGGGCAACGUAACAGAUGUGUGGCGUCGAACAACAGCAAUAACUCGGCGCCCAUUACCGCAGGAUGGUUCAAUUAUAGUUCGUUUUGAAAUUCCGUUUGCACAUGUGAUGCCGCCGCCGAAUGAAAAUGAAAAUUCGACCAUUAAAAAGUACGUGGUAUACGAUUUAAACAUUCGUCAAGAUUCUAACAGAAUAACCGAUGCCAAUCCAGUGACUAUUGAGCGCCGAUACACAGAUUUUCUGAAACUGUACGAUGGCUUGCGCACUGAAUAUUCAGCCGCGAUGAAUACAAUCCCAUUCCCGAAGAAAGCGUUUCUCGGAAAUUUCUCGAGUGCUUUAAUAGCCGAACGAAGUGCCGCAUUCGAAGCAUUAUUGGAUCACAUUAUGAGCGUGAGCGAUUUACGUGAAUCGCCGACGUUUUUAGAAUUUUUAAGAGAUAUUGAAUUGACCAAGGCGUGCCGUUUAUUGGACGAACGUCGCAAUGAAUUGGCAAUACCCAUUUUAGAAGAUUGUUUUCGAUUGUUGAACAAAAUAUUCAUGGAUCGUUCGAAAUCGGUGCUUUUAUUGCUGUGUCGUUUGGUGGCUGCUUGUACAACAUCGCCCGUUCCGCAUCCAUCGGCUGAAAAAUGGGCUGAAUUGGCUUUGAGACGAUACGACUCGGUUUCCGAUGCCGAUUUACUCACAUUGUAUAUUCCGUUGCUGAAUACUUGCGUCCAUUUAUGGUGGCAACGUGGACGCGACAACCAAUAUCUUCAAGAUCGACUCAAAGCCAUGGAGUGCAAGGGAAUUCCAGUGAAAAAUGGCAAAACAUUGACACAAGCCAUACACGCUCUAGACCCACGCACCGAAACUGUCUAAGCAUAUCACAUGUGUGUCACAAUCGUCUCUAUUUGUACUAAUAUUUAUCACCAGUGAAGCCUACUCUUCAUUUGAUCUAUUUUUUUAUCUCGAUUCGUAUUCUAUCGAUAUUAUUGUUGUUUUUUUCACUUUCAUUCGUUUGUAUCAAUGUUAAUUGUCGUUUAACAUUUGCCACUAUUUUCACCCUAAAUCUUUAGUUUCUUUAUGAUUUAUUUGUAGCAUUCAAUACUCUACCAUAAAUGAAACAAAAUUACGUCGAAAUUUUCUCAACACAUUUUUUAUUGUCUACACGAUAACUCUAUUUUAUACGUACAAACGUACAUAUAUUUACAUUGUACACGUACUAUCGGUAUGAAGAAAAAAAAAUAAAGCAUUUGUAUAGAUAUUCGAA